UUGACUGAAAACACUUUGUUCAUUAUUUUUUUAACUUUCCGUAAUCAAAUCAAGUUAAUUUAAAAAUAGCAAACAUUUAUUAGUGAAAUAUUUUCAAAUAAACAAGACAAUUACAGCAAAAAACUUCAAUAAAUUAAAUCAAAAUGUUAUUGAAACCAAAUGUGUGUACGCCAGCUCAGAACAAAUUUAAGCCAUAAUAAUGCAUUAAGUAUACGCAAAUAUUUGCGGAACAUCUGUUGAAUAAUUUGCAUAAAUCAACACUGGAACACCUCUUUGGGCUCUUGUUUUGCAGAGUGCUUCUCCCCGAUAAUUAAUUAUUGAUGCAUCUGCUGGGCGGACUCUGCUCGGCUGUCCUUGGCAGCAAAGGAGGCCAAAGCAAAGCCAAAGCCAGUUGCAACAGUGAGUGACAGCCAGCAAUCACAAAGGACUUGCAGCAACAAUGGCCGGUGGCAACAAUGAAACUGCGCCGCUCUACUGCGGCAGUGGCAUGGAUAAUUUCCACACAAGCUACAAGAACAUGCAUGGCUAUGUUUCGCUGGUAGUUUGCAUCCUUGGCACCAUUGCGAAUACCUUGAAUAUAAUAGUGCUGACUCGCAGGGAGAUGCGCUCGCCCACAAAUGCCAUUUUGACUGGGUUGGCCGUGGCCGAUCUGGCAGUUAUGCUGGAAUAUAUACCCUACACCAUACACGACUAUAUCCUGACGGAUAGUUUGCCUCGAGAGGAGAAACUCAGCUAUAGUUGGGCCUGCUUCAUAAAAUUCCACUCGAUUUUUGCCCAAGUUCUGCACACAAUUUCCAUUUGGCUGACUGUAACUCUAGCUGUUUGGCGAUAUAUUGCGGUGGGUUAUCCCCAGAAGAAUCGCGUUUGGUGCGGAAUGAGAACCACUAUAAUAACGAUAACCACUGCGUAUGUGGUGUGUGUUCUGUUGGUAUCCCCAUCGCUUUAUUUGAUCACAGCCAUUACGGAAUAUGUGGAUCAGUUGGAUGUGAAUGGCAAGGUGAUAAAUUCAAUACCCAUGACCCAGUAUGUAAUUGAUUAUCGGAAUGAGUUACUGAGUGCCAGGGCGGCAGCACUGAAUGCCACGCCCCCUGGUCCAGCAUCGAACGAAACGUUGUUGUUGAAUGUGAGUUCGUUGAUAACGUCGACAACCACUGUUGCACCACCACCAGCACCACCCACUCCAUCGCCAGUGGUGCGAAAUGUCACGGUCUAUCGGUUGUAUCACAGUGACUUGGCUUUGCACAAUGCCUCGCUGCAAAAUGCCACAUUUCUUAUAUACAGUGUGGUGAUAAAGUUGAUACCCUGCAUUGCAUUAACCAUACUCUCCGUUCGAUUGAUCAUGGCCUUAUUGGAGGCCAAGAGGAGGAGGAAGAAACUCACCAGCAAACCCAUAGCACCGGCUGCCAGUAAUGGAACCAAAUCGGUGAUCAAUGGGAAAGCUGCCGAUCGGCCACGGAAAAAUAGUAAAACUUUGGAGAAGGAAAAGCAGACGGAUCGUACUACACGCAUGUUGCUGGCCGUGCUGCUGCUUUUCCUCAUCACCGAAUUUCCGCAGGGAGUUUUGGGCCUACUGAACGCCCUGCUCGGCGAUGUUUUCUAUCUGCAGUGCUACCUGAGACUGAGUGACCUCAUGGACAUUUUGGCCCUGAUCAACUCGAGCAUCAACUUCAUUCUGUACUGCUCGAUGAGCAAACAAUUCCGCACCACAUUCACGCUGCUGUUUCGUCCCAAAUUCCUGGACAAAUGGCUACCGGUGGCCCAGGACGAGAUGGCAGCCGCUCGGGCGGAGCGUUCGGCGGUGGCACCUGUCCUGGAAAAAGGACAUCAGCGACAGCAGCCGCAGGUGGUGAUGGCGACCACCACGACCAAUGUUACACAGGUGACGAACCUGUAGCACAGGCGGCGAAGUCGUGGUCGUCGUACUCCGCUCAGCCGGCUGCUGGGUGUCCUUAAACGGAAGCGAAGGGAGUCCUCCGGAGGAGGAGGAGGAGGAGGAGGGGUUACUGGAAAUGGGGCAGUGGAACCGGAAGCGGAUCCCCUGGCCCUUCAAUUCCAGGCCAUUGUUGUGGUCGUGGACAAAGUGAGCGGGACCACGGAUCAUCAGCUAUAUACCGCUGAACAGGCUGGAAUUGUGACGUAGUUACCCCGAUAAUAGAUAUAUUUACUAUAUAUACGCUUAGGUAUUCUUGUAAAAAGUAAACUAGUCGUGUAAGAACCCAACUAAACACGAGUUACUUGCAUACUUUGGGGAAGAAUCAUAAAACCCGAAUAGUGUAAUAAUAAUAAAGCGCUAUCUCAUUACUCAUACGCACCGUUGCGUUUUCCGCUAUUCUCUCUUCACAUUCAAGUGGAAGCUGUAAAAAUGCUGUGAAUGAAUUCGCACAUAUAAUGUACAGCUGUGAGCUAAAUAAUAGUUACAUUGGCUUGGUUUCACAUUUAUGGGCAACAAAAAAUGUUCCUAAAAAUUACACAAUUAAAAUUUUUUUUUUUAAAUCAACUUUAUAUACUAUUGGCUUUUUCGUAUACUCUUUUAUUAUUUCUAUUCAUAAAUUUUAGUAUUAGUAUACUAUUUACUUUUGACGCUUAUUAAAUUUAAGCUGUAAGCACAACUCCUUUUUUUUUAUUUUGAUUACAGCUGUACAUCUAUUUCGCAUAAAUCAAAUCAUGCAUCUUUUCCAUGGUGAUUUCAUCCGCUUAAAGUAUGCAAUACACGUGCUCACUCAAAACUACGAAUUUUUUGGCAACGACUUAGACAGAAUAUUAGCAAGAUGUUGUACAUACAUAAUAUAUAUACACACAUUGAUGUCCGUAUGUUUAUUAAUGGGAUUUAGAUUUAAUUGUAUGCAAAUAAUGUCUUAGAAAUAUUUGUAUAGCCUUAGUUAAGUUGUUUUCGAUGCAACCAUUGGACUAACAAAAUGGCAGUUGCAGUGGAAAAAAUAUUUAAAAAAUUAUUUGAUACAAAAUCGGAUUUUGGGCUGUGAAUGAAUGUAUAAUUUGGUUUAAAUACUGAAUUUAACGAAAAUAAUUGAAAAGCAGCCACUGCAGCUGACCUAAUAAUCCAAUGAAACAAUGCAUAAAUGAUUGCGAACUUUUUCCUCUCUUGGGAAAAUAAUAAUUGAAACCUUCGACAACUGACAAAUGGCCAGCGAACGCAUAAAUUAUGAUGAUUAAAGUAUUUGCAAUUGAGCCCCGACAAAUAUUUUCAAUCUCGUUAAUAAUGAACAUAUAAAUGAAGCACACAAACUUAUAAAUAAGUACAUGUGAAUACACAAAACUAAAUGUAAUUAUUUGUUGCUUUUACAACGUUUAAAUAAGCUACUAAAUUACUUGAAAACCUAUACAUUUAAUAAAAUUGAAAAGUUGCCACUUUGCGAACUGAAAGUCGGCAUAGAUAAUAGAUUAAUUGUUGUUUGUUAUAACUAUUUCAAUUGACGGAUAAGUGUGAUUUAAGCUACUCAAUUUACACAUUGAGAGUCACGAACAAGGUUUAUUAAAGCGUAAUAAAGUUUUCUUUAUACCUUCAAAAAAGGUUUAAAUCGAAUUGACAAGCUCACUGAUUGGUAUUUAAAUUUAAGCAAAACCUAAACACAUAAUAAAAUUAAAUUUAAUCCAGUAAAGUUGUUUCAUUACAAGCGGAACAUAAUUUUUAAACAAUUUAAGUAAGUUUUUCAAUUAUUUUUAAUUUAGGCCAAUAAAAUUGGGAGAAAAACAAAUCCCUUUCAAACAUAUUUUAGCAAAGUUUAAUUUGCAUUAGCCAAAAAAUAUGGCAAACCGCAGGGAAAAGUUCGCUCAAAUUUAUAUAAGGAAAGGAAUCCAAACAAUAAGCAUGAGAAAUGGGCCACAAAACUUUAUGGCCCAAACGAGCCGUGGAAAAUUGUGUAGAAGAAGGAGUUCGGCGAAAGA